UUCUGGUCAAGGUUAUAGAAAUUUCCAGUAUUUUCUACGCUAAACAGUAUUUAUUAUAACUGACAGUCUUGCCUAACAUCCUUAAUUGAGUGCUACAUUCGCAGAUUUCGCCAGAUACCUACGUGCCUACCUACUCGCCUGUGUUUAAAGCCUCAAUUCUACUGUGACCUACACAAGAAUGCCAAACGCAAUUGGAAUUGAUCUUGGUACUACAUAUUCAUGUGUUGGUGUUUUCCAGCAUGGGAAGGUGGAGAUCAUUGCCAACGACCAAGGGAACCGAACGACGCCGAGUUAUGUUGCGUUCACAGACACCGAACGCUUGAUUGGUGAUGCUGCUAAGAACCAGGUGGCGAUCAACCCAACCAACACAGUGUUCGACGCGAAACGAUUGAUCGGUCGACGAUUUGAUGACCCAUCAGUUCAGAGUGAUAUGAAACACUGGCCUUUCGAGGUGAUUAACGAGGCUAGUAAGCCUAAGAUCCGUGUUGAGUACAAGGGUGAGAUGAAGACAUUCUUCCCUGAGGAGAUCUCAUCGAUGGUGUUGACGAAGAUGAAGGAGGUGGCUGAAGCGUAUUUGGGUAAGACGGUGACUGAUGCAGUGGUGACAGUUCCUGCCUACUUCAACGACAGUCAACGUCAAGCUACUAAGGAUGCUGGUACGAUCGCUGGUCUGAAUGUGUUGAGAAUUAUCAACGAGCCUACUGCUGCUGCUAUCGCGUAUGGUCUGGACAAGAAGGUUGGUGGUGAGCGUAAUGUGUUGAUAUUCGAUUUGGGUGGUGGUACUUUCGAUGUGUCUAUCUUGACAAUUGAAGAUGGUAUAUUCGAGGUGAAGUCUACUGCUGGUGACACUCACUUGGGAGGUGAGGACUUUGACAACCGUUUGGUGAAUCACUUUGUGCAAGAGUUCAAGCGUAAGCACAAGAAGGAUAUAAGUGACAAUAAGCGUGCAGUUCGUCGUUUGAGAACAGCUUGUGAACGUGCUAAGCGUACACUGAGUUCAAGUACACAGGCGAACUUGGAGAUUGACUCGUUGUGUGAUGGUAUUGACUUCUACACAGUGAUCACUCGUGCUCGAUUUGAGGAGUUGAAUGCAGACUUGUUCCGUGGUACUUUGGAGCCGGUUGAGAAGGCUUUGAGAGACGCUAAGAUGGACAAGUCUCAGGUGCAUGAGAUUGUGUUGGUUGGUGGUUCAACACGUAUUCCUAAGAUCCAGAAGAUGCUUCAGGACUUUUUCAACGGUAAGGAGUUGAACAAGUCUAUUAAUCCUGAUGAGGCUGUUGCUUAUGGUGCAGCUGUGCAGGCGGCUAUUCUGAGUGGUGAUAAGUCUGAGGCAGUGCAAGACUUGUUGUUGCUGGAUGUGGCGCCAUUGUCACUGGGUCUUGAGACAGCUGGUGGUGUUAUGACAGCAUUGAUUAAGCGUAACACGACGAUCCCAACGAAGCAGACUCAGACGUUCACGACGUACUCGGACAACCAGCCAGGUGUGCUUAUUCAAGUGUACGAGGGAGAACGUGCUUUGACGAAAGACAACAAUUUGCUUGGUAAAUUCGAGUUGUCUGGUAUUCCGCCUGCUCCUCGUGGUGUUCCUCAGAUUGAGGUGACAUUCGACAUUGACGCCAAUGGUAUUCUGAAUGUGUCGGCUGUGGACAAGAGUACUGGUAAGCAGAACAAGAUAACUAUCACGAAUGACAAGGGUCGUUUGUCCAAAGACGAUAUUGAGCGUAUGGUGAAUGAAGCUGAGAAGUUCAAGGCUGAGGAUGAGAAGCAGAGAGACCGUGUGGCUGCGAAGAACUCACUUGAGAGUUAUGUGUACGCGAUGAAGCAACGAGUGGAGGGUGAUGAGUUGAAGGACAAGAUAUCUGAUAGUGAUCGUAAGACGAUAUUGAGCAAGUGUGAAGAGACGAUUCAAUGGCUAGACCAGAAUCAGCAAGCAGAGAAGGAUGAGUAUGACUACCACCAGAAGGAGUUGGAGAAGAUAUGUGCGCCGAUAAUCACGAAGAUGUACCAAGCAGCAGGUGGCGGUGGUAUGCCUGGAGGCAUGCCAGGCGGUUUCCCAGGUGCAGGUGGUGCUGGCAGUGGUGGUGGAAAGGGACCAACAAUCGAGGAGGUCGACUAA